AUGUUCAUUAAGCAGGUUGUGAUUGAAGGUUUCAAGAGUUAUCGGGAGCAAAUUGCCACUGAGGAUUUCAGUCCUAAAGUUAAUUGUGUUGUUGGUGCUAAUGGAUCUGGUAAAACAAAUUUUUUCCACGCCAUUCGUUUUGUAUUGAGUGAUCUUUUUCAGAACCUUCGCAAUGAGGAUAGGCAUGCCCUACUCCAUGAAGGGGCUGGAAACCCGGUUUCAUCUGCUUUUGUGGAGAUCGUGUUUGAUAAUUCAGACAAUCGUAUCCCGGUUGACAAGGAGGAAGUGCACUUACGCCGGACAAUUGGUUUGAAAAAGGACGAGUAUUUUCUAGAUGGGAAACACAUAACAAAAACUGAAGUGAUGAAUUUACUGGAAAGUGCUGGGUUCUCUCGCUCAAAUCCAUAUUAUGUUGUACAACAAGGAAAGAUAGCAUCCCUAACCUUGAUGAAAGACUCCGAACGAUUGGAUUUACUGAAGGAAAUAGGUGGUACUAGAGUUUAUGAGGAAAGGCGUCGCGAAAGUUUGAAAAUCAUGCAGGAUACAAGUAACAAAAGAAAACAAAUUAUCCAAGUUGUACAUUAUUUAGACGAGAGGUUGAAGGAACUAGAUGAGGAGAAAGAGGAACUUAGACAAUAUCAGCACCUUGACAAGGAGAGAAAAUCCUUGGAAUAUGCCAUAUUUAACAAAGAAGUUCAAGAUGCUCGGCAAAAACUUGCAGAGAUAGAAGAAGCACGGACCAAGGUUUCUGAAACAUCAGCAAAGAAGUAUAACGAGGUUCUUGAUGCACAUGAGAAAUCCAAAGAUUUGGAGAGUAAUUUGAAAGAUAUAACAAAGGAACUUCAAAACUUUAUCAAAGAAAAAGAAGUUAUUGAAAAGCAACGAACAAAAGCAUUAAAGAAGCACACAGAGCUUGAGCUUGAUGUCAAAGACUUACGAGAGAAGAUCUCGGGAAAUAUCCGUGCCAAAGAAAAUGCUGCAAAACAACUGAAGACACUUGAGAAUAAAAUUCAAAGCUCAAUGGAUGAACUGGACAAAAUCAGUCCUUCAUACGAUGAUCUUGUUCAGAAAGAAAAAGACAUUACCAAGCGAAUAAUGGAGCGCGAGAAGAAACUCAGUAUACUCUAUCAAAAGCAAGGACGUGCAACACAAUUUUCAAGUAAAGCUGCUCGUGAUAAGUGGCUUCGAAAGGAGAUUAAUGAUCUUGAACGGGUGCUCUCUUCGAACACAACACAGGAGAAAAAGCUGAUGGAAGAAAUUGAACGGCUUAAGGAUGAAAUCCAUGGUUGUGAUGAGAAUGUCCAGAACCGUAGAUCGAGUAUUACUUCUAUGGAAUCUCGAAAUGCUCAGUCACGUGAAGGGUUUAAUGUUUAUAAAGAAAAGAGAGAUAAGCUUCAUGACAAGAGGAAGUCUUUAUGGAACCAAGAGAAUCAACUAACUGCUGAAAUUUAUAAACUGCGAGCAGAAGUUGAAAAGGCUGAAAAGAGUCUUGAUAAUGCAAUUCCUGGCGAUGUUAGAAGAGGGUUGAAUUCAGUUCGGAAGAUCUGCAAAAGUUAUAACAUUUCGGGAGUUCACGGUCCAAUUAUUGAGUUGCUGAACUGUGAUGAAAAAUUUUUCACCGCAGUUGAAGUGACUGCAGGAAACAGCUUAUUUCAUGUGGUUGUUGAAAAUGAUGACAAGUCAACUGAGAUAAUUAAACAUCUUAAUCGACAAAAAGGUGGACGUGUUACAUUUAUUCCACUUAACAGAGUAAAUGCUCCUAACGUCACUUAUCCACAAAGUUCUGAUGUCAUACCUCUUUUAAGGAAAUUGAAUUUUAAACAUGACUAUACUCCAGCAUUCAGCCAGGUAUUUGCUAGAACAGUUAUCUGCAAGAAUCUGGACGUGGCUUCAAAGGUGGCUCGAACUAAUGGUUUGGACUGCAUAACACUGGAAGGUGAUCAAGUAAGCAAAAAAGGUAGUAUGACUGGAGGAUUCUAUGAUCACAGACGAUCAAGAUUGAAGUUUAUGAAUAUGAUUAAGCAGAAUGCUGACAAUAUUCACGAUAGAGAGGAGAAAUUGGAGAAAGUUAAGUUUGAGAUACAAGAGAUAGACCAAGAGAUUAAUGAACUUGUUGCUGAGCAGCAGAAGGUUGAUGCUCAAUGUGCUCAUUACAAAUCAGAGAUAGGAGAGCUUAAGCGGGACAUUGAGAAUUCUAACAAGCAGAAGCAAGUAGUUUCUAAAGCACUUGCAAAGAAGGAGAAAUCACUUGUUGAUGUCCAGAAUCAGAUUGAACAGCUUAAGGCUAGUAUUGCUAUGAAAAAAACUGAGAUGGCCACAGAGCUCAUUGAUCAUUUAACACCUGAGGAAAAAAGGCUUUUGUCAGAUUUGAACCCUGAAAUCAAAGACCUUAAAGAGAAGCUUGUUGCAUGCAAGGCUGAGCGCAUUGAGAUCGAAGCACGGAAAGCAGAGCUGGAAACUAAUCUAACCACUAAUCUCAGGAAAAGAAAACAAGAGCUGGAGGCUGUGAUAUCAUCUGGUGAUGCUGACUCUUUGGUUGUUGAUUCUGAUUUGAAGAAGCGGGAACUUAAUGAUGCUAAAAUAUCGGUUGAUGAUGUUUCAAGUCAACUUAAAAGUGUUUCUGAUAGUAUAAAUAAACGAACCAGGCAAAUAGCGAAGAUCAAAGAUGAUAUGAAUAAAUUGAAGUCUUUGGAGGAUGACUAUGAUAGACAACUUCAGGAAGAAGCUAAAGAAUUAGAGCAAUUGCUGAGUAGAAAAAAUACAAAUUCUGCUAAAGAAGAAGAAUACACUAAAAAAAUAAGGGAGCUGGGCCCAUUGACUUCAGAUGCUUUUGAGAUGUACAAACGGAAGAAUAUUAAAGAGUUGCAAAGAAAGCUGCACAGUUGCAAUGAUAAGUUGCAAAAGUUUAGUCAUGUCAACAAGAAAGCACUCGAUCAGUAUAUAAAUUUUACAGAACAGCGAGAAGAACUUCAGAAAAGACAGGCUGAACUUGAUGCAGGAGAUGAGAAAAUCAAAGAGCUAAUAACAGUGCUAGAUCAGCGGAAGGACGAAUCAAUAGAACGCACUUUCAAAGGUGUUGCUAGGCAUUUCCGAGAAGUAUUCUCUGAACUUGUACAGGGGGGCCAUGGUUAUCUGGUUAUGAUGAAGAAGAAGGAUGGUGAUCAGGAUGAUGAUGACCAAGACGAGGAUGGUCCUCGGGAAACUAAUCCAGAGGGGAGAGUAGAAAAGUACAUUGGGGUGAAAGUGAAGGUCUCUUUUACUGGACAAGGGGAGACACAGUCCAUGAAGCAGUUGUCGGGGGGUCAAAAAACUGUUGUCGCACUUACACUUAUCUUUGCCAUACAGAGAUGUGAUCCGGCUCCCUUUUAUUUAUUCGAUGAGAUUGAUGCAGCAUUGGAUCCACAGUACAGAACUGCUGUUGGAAAUAUGAUCCGGCGCCUGGCAGACAUAGCAAACACUCAAUUUAUCACAACAACUUUCCGCCCAGAGCUAGUUAAAGUUGCCGACAAGAUAUAUGGAGUGACACAUAAAAACAGGGUCAGCCGUGUUAAUGUUAUAUCCGAGAGUGAUGCUUUGGAAUUCAUUAAUCAGGAUCAGACGCAAAAUGCUGAAUAA